GAAAUGACAAGCUGUGACUAUGCUGGAUCUUUUGUUCUUGAAGUUACUUCCAGGAAGGAAAAUAUCACUCUGGUCUGCAUAGUCCCUAAUAAGGACACCAAUCAACAGUAAAAGAAUAUAGUUCAAAGUGAAGAAACAGCUAUUAACAAGAUCAAUUGCUGAGAUUCUCUUCAAUAAAGUAGGAAACAACACUGCUACCGCUGAUGCUACCACCUGCCACCGAGGAACCUCUUUCUGGAGCCGUGAGAGACAAAGGGAAGAAUCAUGUCCUCGAUUGCAGCUUUCUAUGGUGGCAAGUCCAUUCUCAUCACCGGGGCCACAGGCUUCCUGGGGAAAGUCUUGAUGGAAAAGCUAUUUCGCACCAGCCCGGACCUGAAAGUCAUUUAUAUCCUUGUGAGGCCCAAGGCCGGCCAGACACUGCAGCAGAGGGUCAUCCAGAUCUUAAAUAGUAAGCUGUUUGAAAAAGUCAAAGAGGUCUGUCCCAACGUGCAGGAGAAGAUCAGAGCGGUUUACGCGGACCUCAACCAGAACGACCUGGCCAUCAGCAAGGGGGACAUGCAGGAGCUGCUCUCCUGCACCAACAUCGUCUUCCACUGUGCCGCCACCGUGCGCUUCGAUGACCACCUGAGACAUGCCGUGCAGCUCAACGUUACUGCCACCCAGAAGCUCCUGCUCAUGGCCAGUCAGAUGCCAAAGCUCGAAGCAUUCAUACAUAUCUCUACUGCCUUUUCCAACUGUAACCUGAAGCACAUUGAUGAAGUCAUAUAUCCAUGCCCUGUGGAGCCAAAAAAAAUCAUCGACUCUAUGGAGUGGUUAGAUGAUGCUAUUAUUGACGAGAUCACGCCCAAGCUGAUUGGAGAUCGGCCCAAUACGUACACCUACACCAAGGCCUUGGGAGAGAUGGUGGUGCACCAGGAGGGCGGCAACCUAAACAUUGCCAUCGUGAGGCCCUCCAUCGUGGGAGCAACCUGGCAGGAGCCUUUCCCAGGUUGGGUUGAUAACGUAAAUGGACCUAGUGGGCUCAUUAUUGCGACAGGGAAAGGGUUUCUCCGGGCCCUGAGAGCUACUCCAAUGGCUGUGGCAGAUGUGAUUCCCGUUGAUACAGUCGUCAAUCUCACCUUGGCUGUGGGAUGGUACACAGCAGUUCACAGACCUAAGUCAACGCUAAUCUACCACUGUACUUCUGGUAACUUGAAUCCCUGUUACUGGGGCAAAAUGGGAUUCCAAGUCUUGGCAACCUUUGAAAAAAUUCCAUUUGAGAGAGCUUUUAGGAGGCCAUAUGCUGAUCUUACAACCAACACCAUCACAACCCAGUACUGGAAUGCCGUCAGCCACUGGGCCCCUGCCAUCAUCUACGACUUCUAUCUACGACUCACAGGAAGGAAGCCCAGGAUGACAAAGCUCAUGAAUCGGCUUUUAAGAACUGUUUCCAUGCUGGAGUAUUUCGUCAACCGGAGCUGGGAAUGGAGCACAAGCAACACAGAAAUGCUGAUGUCCAAGCUGAGUCCUGAAGACCAGAGAGUAUUCAACUUUGAUGUACGCCAGUUGAACUGGUUGGAAUACAUUGAAAAUUACGUUUUAGGAGUCAAGAAGUACUUAUUGAAAGAGGAUAUGGCUGGGGUCCCAGAAGCAAAGCAACACUUAAAAAGGCUCCGAAAUAUUCACUACCUCUUUAAUACUGCCCUCUUCCUCAUCGCCUGGCGCCUUCUUAUGGCAAGAUCUCAGAUGGCUCGGAACGUCUGGUUCUUCAUCGUGAGCUUCUGUUAUAAGUUUCUCUCCUACUUUAGGGCGCCCAGCACGCUCAAGGUCUAAGAACAGUUGGCAGUCUUCAUUUAUCUGGUACCUCUCAGAUACAUCUGUAACAGCAAACUGUGGUCCUCAAGACUACGAAGUGGCAGACUAUGCCCAACCUCAUCACCUGUCAAAUGUCCUGUCAUGUAUUUACCCCUAUUUCCUAUUUCUAUAUCUUUUUUUUUCUUUUAAUGUGAGAGAAUGAAAGUCAUAGCCAAACAUAUUUUAGGAAAAAAUAAUUUCCAGAUUGCUUCCUAACACUCUAUGUCCUUGAAUAUAAAACACCAAAGUACAACCCUCUUUCCAUAUUUAGCGUUCUUCUCAUUGAGAGGACUAACUGCAACUCAUUAAACACAGAACACCCAGAAGUGGAAAUAUGCUCAAGAAAGGCAGUUCUAGCCUUGAGACCAGUCUGGGGUACCCAGUAUAAAGGUUUAAAAGCAAUCUAAGUGGAAGAAUGGUUUCAACAUCCUCACAGAUGCUGUAACCUUCUACUUAAGCUUAUUUUACUCAGGCCUCAAUAAGAGUGAUGAAAUGGAGAGGAAGCUCCUAGGCUGGAAUCAUAUAAAAACCCAGUCUCUUGAUCUUGGCAUUGAGGAAAAACAAAACUUUAAACACAAAUUUAAAUGCUAGUCUCAGUCUUUUUCUAUAAAGUGGGGAAGAUUACUCUAGUGAGCACCAGAUCAUUAGUGUGUCUAGUGUCUCGAUCAUUCCAAUCGCACAUUGCUAAUUGUACAAUGUACAGCAGAAAAGGACAGACUUCAUUAAGUGACUACAUUUAGAGAAUAGGUGUUUUGUUUAAAAAUAUUUUAUGUAUAAUAAAAAUGAAUUACUAAAAACUAUUUAUUCCUAAAUUUCUAUAUAACUAUUACCCUAACUUUCAUCUUGAGAGAUCAGUGCAUACUGAUUGCAGUUAUCUCAUGCUAAAAACAUGGGUUAUUAUUCAAGUUUAAUAAUUGGGGCCCAAUUAAAAAUAAUCACAAUUACUAGACAAUUACAUGAACACAGAAUGUUAACAUGUUUAUGCUCACUAGCUGGAAUAAUUGGUACUCAAAAUGGCACAUUGAAGUAACUGAGGGCAGCUUCUAGGAUUACUUGAGAUUUUUCUGAACCCAUAAAAGGCAUUUUGGGGUAACUCUUCUGGACAAUAUCCACCCCAAUCUCAUCUAAGUUCUGGGAAUUACUUUCCAGGGCACACAACCCAGCUCUGAAAAAAACAGCUGGUGAUCUUUAGCUUAAGAUGUCUAUACAAUAUUUUUGAGUUACACUGAUAACUACAGAUACAGUAAAAAUGAAAUAUAUAUAAUUCAAUGAGACUGGAUAAAACAUAAUAGUUCUAAGAAUUUACUAUCUUUUGAUUGUUUUACCAACUCAAUAAAUUCCACUGAUCAAGUAGUCAUUUUGACUUUUGAUUACAUGGAAAUUUGAAUUAAGAUUGUUUUUCUUUUUCAGUAUUGUGUCUUUAACCCUCCCUGAUAAAAAAUGUAAUCAUCCCAAGAACCUACCAGUUCAAUACAAAUUAACAUAUAAGAACAUAAUGCUCCACUUUUGCUGACCAUUAAUAGGGUAGCAUUUAUAUGCUGCAGUGUUUUCUACCUGUCGUAUUAGAGACAUGACAUAGUUCUCUUGUAAGCAGUGAAAGCAGAUAGGUAUCUGUAUGAAAGAAGUGAUUUUAAAUCAAGACUAACAAUUAUUUGAGUGCCUAAGAUAUACAGUGCAAUGAGGGGGGAAAAAACCCUCCUAUUUUGGGGGGGAAGGGGAUGGUAAGUAGAAAGAAAAGGUAUUUAUAAUUGAAAGUUUUGGUAACCCCUAUAUUCUGCACUCACUAAAUACCCGAUACAGUAAUAAAUACUACUGAGUUGAAGACAGUCACCACGUAAGGCAAUUAAUAUUAGAGAAAGUUAGGACAGAUGGACACAGAACUCAGAAAAAAACAUUUCUCACAAUUUUAUACUAACCUAACAUCAUUAUCUCCACUUAUUACUUUAAAAUAACUGAUUUAGAAUCUCAAGGUAAACAGACUGACCCAAGGGACUAACACCCAAAUAAUGUGUUCUCUCACAAUAAACUUAAUAGUUAAUGUAGGUCAGCCUAAAAUUUCCAAAAACAUCAAUAAUCUGCAAAGUUCACAGGAGUUACAUGCAAAUUUCCACAUGGCUAUUUUUCUAAAACUGCAAAUCUAAUGUUCUGGAAACAUAAGCAACUACCUAUACUAAAAUGUAAUGGUUGCUCCAUAUGUCCGCACAGAAGUAUGGAAAAAUGCUCAGUGCUAGAUUACUUUACAUAUAUAAGUUAGUACUUGAAUUACUAACCUCAGACAUGAAAACAGAAUGUAUGUAAUUUAGCCCUCCUCUUACGCCAUUAAAAAAUUAAGACAUCUUAGUCCUUUAUGAAUUAAGUUUGUAUUAAAGAUUGUAAAUUUUGUUUGCAUUCAUAAAUUUUUAAAAAAUUCAGUGCUUUGUAUCAUAAAAUGCAUGAGAAAAGCAUAUUAAAUUAUCUGAGUUGAAAAUAGAAUUUUGUAAUUCUGAGUUAAGCUUUUCCAAGAGGUAGUCUGAAGUGUACAAAUACUGUAGCAGAGAAUUAUUCACCUAAAUAUUUCAUCUCUUCUUAUAGGCCAAGGUAUGCAAAUAAUUAAAAAAAAACAUUUCAUAUAAUUCAAGGUCUCAAAUUCAAAAUAUUUAGGCUGAAAUAUAUGUGUAGAUAUUAUGAACAGCCUAAUAAAAAGGAUUGAGUUAAUAAAGUUAGGUAGGUAUCCUACUGAAGGCAUCCCCAGGCAUAAGCCAAAUAGGUCACUACAUAUAGUGUUCAAAGCAACACUUGGUGAAAUCAGAACACCUAACAAAUCUUAAUAUACACGUAUAUUUCAUCAUCCAUCAUCCAAAGGACUGACAAGAAUCUUAUGUUUUGAUUGCCAAAAAAUCUGAUCUUGCUAUUCAAGGAAUUUCAGCUGGAAAUCUUUCUUAAUUUUUAAAAUGAAAAUCAAUAGCAAAGCAAGAUUUUGCUUUGAAGAAAUUCCUUUUAUAGUUUUAAUGGGAAAAAAUAAUUCCAUUAACAUUUCAAUAUGGUAUUUGAAAAACAUGAAAACAAUUAAAAAUCAUAUAAGUACCUAAAUAAUUUUUAAAAUUCUUCUUAAAGUAUAUAUGCGCCCCUAUGUUCAUAGCAGCACAAUUUACAAUAGCUAAGAUCAAGAA